AUGGCCGAAAACGCAGCCGCAACCACUCCUCUCAAGCCGCAGCUGUACAUGGACGCUACGGGCCAGACCUGGUUUUCAGCGGCCGUUGAUGAACUAGACACCCUGCAAGACUUUUUUAAGGGCGAGAAUAACGAAGAUCGCCAGUACCUCGACCUUGGUUGCGGGACGGGCGACAUCACGCGUGACGGCCUGUUGCCCCGAUGUCUGCCUUGCCGAGGGAUCGUCGCCGUCGACGUCUCUGAACAGAUGGUCGACUACGGUAGAAUGAAUUUCCCCCAUCCAAAGAUCACGUACGACGUCCUCGACAUCGCUGGGGAUGACGUGCCCGAAUUCGUGAACCGGUAUGGCCAGUUCGAACGCGUCUGCUCGCUCUUCUGCUUCAACUGGGUGAAGGACCAGGAAAAGGCGUUCAAGAACGUGGCCGACUUGAUGAAACCAGGAGGGAAAGGCUUCUUUCGAUUUUACGCCGCCAGCCCGAACAUGCGAUUCCGCCGGAAGUUGGCCACAAUGGAUCGCUGGAAGAUGUACGCCGAGAUCUGCGAAGGCUGCAUUCCGCCGAGCGUGGCACUAGUCGGCAAGGAAGCCCUCUUGUCCCACGUGUCGGGUCUUCUCAAGGCCGCCAACCUGACUCCGGUGAUUUGCGAACUGAGACAAGAAACACCCACGUACUACACCGGACUGGAGCACCUUAUCCAGGAGCUGAUGAACAUGAAUCCCAUGAGAAACUACCUGACAAAACAAGAGGAGGCGUUUCUUCUCGAAGAUGCGACCGUGGAAGCUACUCGACUAUGGACCGAAAGAGAAGCCGGUAGUCCUUCUCUGGAUCUCGAUGUCUUUGUAGUGUUGGCGAUCAAGCCAGGACUAUAAGCGCGCAAGAGGAACGGCUGGUCAUGGGCGUGCAUACCAGAGGCUCCUGAGGAAAUGCCUCGUCGUCUCAAAGCGAAUGAAUAAAGCAUUCCAGUGAUGUGA